AUGAAUGCAUCGAUGCAUUCGAACGAGGCGAUCGAAUUUAAGCCAAUUUUGCGGUCCGGCGGCAUUAACGCCGUCAUCAGGCGCACUGAUUCAGGUAGCAGCAUUAAUAGUUUAAACAACAAUUCAAAGAUCAAACGAAGAGUUUGUUUUAAAGAAACUGCAGACGUGUUCGAAGAUGGCUACGAGGUCGGUCAGACAAUUCUCAAUGAUGACCAUUCUCGUUUUUCCGCCCUCAGGUCCCCACUGCGGAAACUUUCGAAUUUCCUCAACAAAAAAACUUCUCUAAAUAAUUCGCACAGUUAUCAUCAAUGUGUCAGUUCCCCAGAAGAGUCGGAUGAUGGGGAUAACUUGUUCAUCUUAGAUAACAUUCAAAGCGACAUACCAAUCAUAAUGCUGAAGAAGAACAUUUCAACAUCAUCAUCUAGGAACCUCAUAGCACCAUUGGCCACGAUGGAUGACAUGGAACUGUUUGACAGUUUUGAGGAUUCAGAUGAAUCUUCAAUCAAUGAUUGGAUUGAUGAUGUCAAUGAGGAUGUGAUCAACAAUAACAACGACCUCAACGACAGUGCAUCAGACGAGAAGUCGAACUGUGUGAGGGAAGAAAUCAGUGUUGAUGAGAGCCUGGAUCUCAAUGGAAAUGAUAAUGCAACUGUUUCCUCUACUGGAUUCAAUAAAAACAAUUACAACAGUGAAGAUGGUAAUGACGGUGAUGAUGAAGAUGAGGGUUCUAACUGCCUGAUUGAUGAUGAAUUUGACACAAAUGAUGGAUCAUUUUUAAGGACUGAUGUCGUAAAAAUAACUGGCCAAAAUUUUCAAUUCGUUACUGAUUCCACCAUCGAAAUCAUCAAUGAUGAUAGUUCACCAACGAAUGAUGAUGAUGAUGAUGAUGGUGGUGGUGAUGAUAACAAAGAGAUAGGGCUCCAUGAAAUUUGUAGUAAUAAUGAUGAAGAUGUACAGGAUGAAAAUCGUGGCAAAACCAUGGUAGGUGUUGAGGAUGUUAAUGACAAAUUAGAAAAGGAAACAUUACAUGAAAGUGAAACAAAAAAAUCUGGAAUUUCCAACAAUGAUAUAAUUAACAUCAUGGGUGGAAAAAAUGAGCUUCUUUGUUGUCACUCUGAAAAUAAUUACUCCAAUAAUAGUAAUAAUAAUAUUAAUAAAAUUGAUAAUAAUAGUACUUAUAAUAAUCCUUUAGAUUAUUGGAGCAACUACAAGAAAGAAUUUGAUAAUGUUAAUGAGAAUAGGAGUCACAAUGAAGAAUAUAAUUAUAUUAAUUAUAACAGUAAUAAUUAUGAAUCUUUAAAUAAUAAAGGUAAUGAUAGUAGUAGUGACCUUGGGAAGGUCAUGAAUAAAAUCUUGAGUAGUAGUAAUAGUAAUGAUAGUGGUUUGUUUGAAUAUGACGGUAGGAGUAUGGUUUGUUCAGAAAGUUUAAACAAUGAUAACGUGGCAUUUGUUGGGGGUGUUGGUGAUGAUAAACAUGGUGUUGUUCAAUGUAAUGAUAAGGUUGAUGAUGAAGCUAAUGAUGAUGAUGUUAAUGAUGCUACUGAUAUGAACGUUUCUUAUGAUGUUUGUGACCGUGCUGAUAAUAAAAUGAAUGAAGGUGAUGAUGAUUUAAAUGUUGAAAACAAUGAUGAUGUCGUUGGCGGAGAUGAUGUUGGAAAUGAUGAUAAUAAUGAUGAGUUUGCUAAUGAUGAUGGUAGUUAUGUUGUCAGUGACAUUUGUCAUAAAAUAAAAAAUGUCACAUUACACAGUAAAAGUUAUCACAUGAAUGAUCGUUUUUGUGUGAGAGGAGAUGACGAUCUACGUUCUAAUUUUAGUAACAGGGAUGUAUAUGCUAUUAAUAGCAACAAUAACAAUAAUAAUAACAAAUAUAAUUAUAAUAACAAUAAUGACUUAAUUGACUCUCAAAUGUAUACUGAUGAUAAUGAUGAAAAACUUGUGCCUUUGUUUUGUAAUAAUAAUAACAACAAUGAUAAUAAUAAUAAUGGUAAUAACAACGAUUAUAAUAAUAGCAUAAAUUUUAAUCUUCGUGAAAAUAUUGUAAACACUGAUGGUGAUGAUGAGGAUAUUAGAUGCGAGAAAUGUGAUAUUAAUGAUAAUGUGGAUGAUAAUAGAGACAUUAAAAAUGAUAUAAACAAUUCCCCAAUAACAUCUAAUAAGGAGGGUGAUGAUACAGAGAUGGCGAUGACGAUGAUGAUGACAAAGACGAUUACGUCAUCAUUGUUGUCACCGACGUCAUCGUCGACUAAUGAUUCUGGUAUAUUUCUACCCGAUUUGAGUGAAUCUCUGACUGAAAGCAGAUGUGAUCAAGUAACAAAGGCUUCAAAUACAUUCAACGAUGCCCACAACAGCGCCGAUAAUGUCGUUGCUGUCUCCAAUGUUCAGUGUAAUGAUGGUGCAACUAAUAACCAGCGUGAUCAUUGUCUCGAUUUUGACGUCACUGCAUUAAAGGAGCCACAGAAAGUUGCGUCUCAUCAGCAAAUGCAACACCAGCAAAAUACUGAACUUAUUCAAAACCCUCAAUAUAGACAACAACUGUAUUUUCAACAGUUUCUUCCAGAACAACAGGAUAAACUUCAACUACAAAAUUCUCCAGUACAUCAUUGUCAACAGUUACUACAACACAAACAACUGCAACACCAAUCAUUACAACAACAGCAUGAACUACAACAACAACCACUUCAGCAACAUCCAUGGCAGGACAAUCCCCAUCUAUCUUUCACUAUAAAACUCAAGCCCAUUUUGAAAUGGCAAUUUAUUGAGGGAUAG